AAUGGACGUUAGGGAUCUUAGCACGGUGAAUUCAGUUGACCAAUGAGAAGGGCGGAUUCUGCUGCCUACAGCGCCGCGUCGAAGUCCACUUACUUUUCUGGGAGCUUGGUGCCCGGUAAACUAAACCGUGGAGGAUUUAGGGGGGGAAUUGAAUGUUGGUGGACCUCUUUAGUCCUCCCCCACCCCCUUCGUAGACGCCGACAGAGUCCAUAGUCCAGACGGCAAUUUCCCGCGGUCGGUGCCCAGCCAGCGAAGCGGGAGCCAUGCCUGUCCCCGCUGGAUACCUCAGCGACUCCCCUGCCGCGGCCUUCGCAGCCUCGGCCUCGCUUAUCCCGCCGCCGCCGAUAAACACCCAGCAGCCCGGUGUUGUCACCUCGCUGCUGUACAGCGGCUCCAAGUUCAGGGGCCACCAGAAGAGCAAGGGGAACUCUUACGACGUGGAGGUUGUUUUACAGCAUGUCACCAUGGAGGAUUCCUACUUGUGUGGCUACCUGAAGAUAAAAGGACUGACUGAGGAAUACCCAACUCUGACCACGUUUUUCGCCGGAGAGAUCAUCAGCAGGAAGCGACCGUUCCUCACUCGGAAAUGGGAUGCAGAUGAGGAUGUGGAUCGAAAGCACUGGGGCAAGUUCCAGGCCUUCUACCAGUACGCAAAGACAUUCAACUCUGACGAUUUUGACUAUGAAGAUCUCAAGAACUCUGACUAUAUUUUCAUGAGGUGGAAGGAGCAGUUUCUGGUCCCUGACCACACAAUAAAAGACAUCAGCGGCGCUUCCUUUGCUGGUUUCUACUACAUCUGCUUCCAGAAAUCUACAGCAACAAUCGAGGGCUACUACUACCACAGGAGCUCUGAAUGGUACCAGUCUCUAAACCUCACCCAUGUUCCCGAGCACAGUGCAGCCAUCUAUGAGUUCCGGUGACAUCGGCCAGCAUCGUGGAUCUUUUUUUGUUGAUGGACAGAGACUUAAAGCAAAGCAGAGGUCUGCAGAUGCUACUGAGGAGGACAAGAACGAUUAGGGAUGAUGAGAAUUUGGGCUUUGGAGAAGUGCAAACUCUUUCCCAAUAAACGGACAGACAGCUGAUUGACCAGUGCACGGGAUAUAGGACAAAUGAAUGUAUGUAUGGCCGAGAUAAGGAGAAAGAAAGGAAACAAGUGCAGCUCUGCUCCCUGGCUGGAGUUUGUAAAGUUAGAACCAGCAGCAGAGACUGGCUGUGGCUCAUAUAGUGUAUCCCUUUCUUCAUUUGUUUUUAAAAAAAACGCUUGGCGCAACAUCUCAAGACACUUUACAAGCUGAGUUGGGAAUUCCCCCUUUCUGUCUUGCAACUAGUUUCCAGCUCUCAUCCAGGCCGAUGCGGAGCGAGCGACAUAAACACAUUUGACUGCGAGUCGGACAAGGAUCGCUCUGAGGCGUCUGCUCUUACAAACACAAUCUCUAAAGAAGUAAAUCACCAAGUCUGUGUGGAAGAAAAGCAAGAGAGAUGGGUUCAUAAUUGAUUGGAGCUUUAAUCAGCCCAUAAGCUAGAACAACAGUAUUUUUUUUUAAAGCUAAGCUAGUUUGUUGUUAUUUUACUCUAAAUGAUGGACUCAGAGUGGCACUUUUAAAGGCCGCCAUGUAAGUGACACACAAAACGAGCUUUUCCCCCCAUGUGUUCAUACAACUGCUUGGGAGAUUAUCACUUGUGAUUGCUGUGGAUCUUGUUCUAUUGAGUUACAUUUGCACAAAAACUUUAUGUUACUAAUGCUUGCAGUCAGGAUUUUACACUCCCGUGCCCUAGUACACAAGCAUGAAGGUGGCGGAUCAAGUUUUUUUUGACUAGUUUUUAAGGGUUUGACUGUGUGGGCGCGGUUUAGAGCCAAAACAAUCACGUAAGUAUUCAUAAAGAGAGUAUUUUUAGCCUGGACUCUGCAUUAAACAGAGAGCUUUUUACUUCCUCAUGUCAUUUUAAAUUAAUACCCCCACUACCCCUGUACAUUUAUGUCUCCUCGACUAUGCAACGCUUUCAACAUAGCACUCUCCAAACUUAAAACCUUCAGUUUUCAGACAGAAUUUUAUUCUAUCCUUAUAGUAUAUAUAUAAAAAAAAAUCUAUCUUCACUAAAUAAAAAUAUUUUUGUUAAAUUGCCUAUGAAAACACUCCCUAAUCAUGUCCCUUUCCCAUGUGACGGUGCCAUGUUUCUAAAGCUUAUCAGAGUUGUAUUAUAACAGAUCAGAAGUGUGUUUGUUUAAGCCUGGAUUUGAUUGAUGGUGUGACUGUAAAGAAUGAAUUAUGGAUUUUAAAAAAAUCAUAUCAAAACAC